CCAAGUGACCGUGACAUCAUAGAAUGGCCAACAGUGUGGUCUCAAGAUGUUUCACUCACACCUAAACAAUUUGAAUGAGGAAGAUUUGGAGGACACGUACUGCAGUAUUGAAAUCCAAGCAGCCUUUAUUCUCUCCUCCUGCGUGACUUUCUUCGGGGGACUCAUCAUCUUAGUCUUUUUCAGAAUCAUCUUGAAAAUCGCAAAAAAAUGGCAAAGCAUCAAGCAUUCAGGAGCCGUCUUGAAACUGUUCUCAUCAGGGAGAAGUGGCCUUAACCCUUUAAGAAGAUUUUACUUUUAUAGAGUAUUUCAUGACCGCAUAGAAUUGUUGCUUUCUGCACAGACCUUCGUGGGGCAAGUGUUGGUGAUCCUUGUCUUUGUACUAAGCAUCGGCUCUCUUAUAAUCUAUUUCAUCAAUUCAACAGACCUCACUGGAAUGUGUUCUACAUCUGAAGACAGAACCCUCACUGUUGAUUUGAGUUUCAAUGCUUUCUUCAGUUUCUAUUUUGGGUUGAGGUUUUGGGCAGCUGAUGACAAGAUCAAGUUCUGGUUGGAGAUGAAUUCAAUUGUAGACAUUUUUACCGUACCACCAACCUUCAUUUCUUAUUAUUUGAAGAGUAAUUGGCUAGGUUUCAGAUUUCUAAGAGCUCUGCGGCUGCUCGAACUCCCGAAAAUCUUACAGAUCCUCCAUGUCAUCAAGUCCAGUAAUUCAGUGAAGCUUUCCAAACUCAUGUCAAUAGUUCUCAGUACCUGGUUCACAGCUGCAGGAUUCCUUCACCUGGUGGAAAAUUCUGGUGAUCCCUGGCUCAAGGGUAGAAAUUCACAGUCUAUGUCCUACUUCGAGUCCAUUUAUCUGGUGACGGCAACCAUGUCAACUGUUGGCUUUGGGGAUGUGGUGGCCAAGACCUCCCUAGGACGGACUUUCAUCGUUUUCUUCACCCUCGGAAGUUUGAUACUAUUUGCCAACUACAUCCCGGAAAUGGUGGAGCUCUUUACCAACAGGAGGAAAUACACCAAGCCCUAUGAAGCCAUUAAAGGAAAGAAGUUCAUCGUGGUCUGCGGAAACAUCACGAUUGACAGUGUGACUGCCUUUCUGAGGAAUUUCCUCCGCCAUAGGUCGGGAGAAAUCAACACUGAGAUUGUGUUCCUUGGAGAGGAGCCUCCGUCCUUGGAACUGGAGACCUUACUCAAGUGCAAUUUGUCCUUCACGACAUUCGUAUGUGGCUCCGCACUGAAGUUCGAGGAUCUGAAGCGAGUUUCAGUGGAGUCUGCAGAAGCCUGCCUGAUUCUAGCCAACUCUCUGUGCAGCGACUUGCAUGCCGAAGACAUUUCAAACAUCAUGAGGGUACUUUCUAUCAAGAACUACAAUUCACAGACCAGAGUCAUCAUUCAGAUCCUGCAGUCCCACAACAAGGCUUUCCUGUCAAAAAUCCCCACCUGGAACUGCAGUGCCGGAGACAAUAUCAUCUGCUUCGCAGAACUCAAGCUUGGAUUUAUCGCCCAAGGCUGCUUGGUGCCAGGCCUGUGCACCUUUCUUACGACUCUGUUUAUUGAACAGAACCAAAAGGUUUUUCCUAAACAUUCCUGGCAAAAAUAUUUCUUGAAUAGCUUGAAGAACAAAAUUCUGACCCAACGCCUCUCGGAUGCCUUCACCGGGAUGACAUUUCCUGAGGUCUGCCGGCUUUGCUUUGUGAAGCUGCAUCUCAUGCUGAUAGCCAUCCAGCACAAGUCCGGCUUCCACAAUUGUCGUAGUCUUAUACUAAAUCCCCCGGCACAGGUGAAGCUGGAUAAGGACACCCUUGGGUUCUUUAUUGCCGAAUCCUCACAAGCUGUCAAAAGGGCCUUCUUUUACUGUUCCCACUGUCACAAAGAUGUUCACAAUCCUGAGCUAAUUGAAAAAUGUGACUGCAAAACCGGGAGCCGGGAAGAACUCACAGGGCCAGCCAUGGUAGUGGUGAAGAGCAGCACCUCCUGCCUUUCAGAAUGUCAGGAUUCGGCAAGAGAACAGGAGAGCUCGCUCUCCAUCGCAAGCCUUAAGAACCGGGGCAUCAUGGUAAGCGACACACCGGAGGACUCUGACCAGCUGGACAGCAGUGGCAUGUUUCACUGGUGCAGGUCAACGCCCUUGGACAAGGUGGUUCUGAAACGAACUGACAAGUCGAAACAUGAGUUUCGGGACCACAUUGUAGCGUGCGUGUUUGGGGAUGCCCACUCAGCCCUGGUGGGGCUUCGGAACUUCGUGAUGCCCCUGAGAGCCAGCAACUACACCCGGCAGGAGCUGAAGGACAUUGUAUUUAUCGGGCCUCUGGAAUACUUCCACAGGGAAUGGCGAUUUCUCCGGAACUUUCCCCAGAUAUACAUUAUGCCUGGAUCCGCACUCUACACUGGAGAUCUGCAUGCUGUCAACAUAGAGCAGUGCUCCAUGUGUGCUGUCUUAGCCGCCCCAUCCAAGCCACUGAGCAGCCAGAUUCUGGUGGACACCGAGAACAUCAUGGCCACCCUCAAUAUCCAAUCCCUGCGGGUCAGCGGCCCUACCCAGAGGCCUUCAGAGCCAGAAGCCAAGGCUGUACCCACCUUUAGUAAACAUGAAGGGAAAAGAAGGUACCAGCAGAUCCCCAUUCUCACUGAACUGAAGAAUCCCUCCAACAUCCACUUCAUUGAGCAGAUCGGAGGACUGGACGGGGCGCUCAAAGGGGCUAGCCUGCAUCUCAGCACUUCCUUCUCCACGGGCACUGUCUUCUCAGGCAACUUCUUGGAUUCUCUUCUGGCCACGGCCUUCUACAACUAUCAUGUCCUGGAAUUACUUCAGAUGCUGGUGACGGGAGGUAUCAGCUCUCAGAUGGAACAGUAUCUGGUUAAAGAGAAGCACUAUGGUUUCCAUGAAGGCUGUGCCACAAUCCUCUCUGGGAGGGCACGGUGUAAGCUGGGGCUUCUCUCUCUAGACAAAACCAUUCUCUCAGACAUUAAGCCAAGAAAAACCUUUGGACAGCUGUUCUGUGGCUCAUUAGAUAAUUAUGGGAUCCUAUGUGUUGGCUUAUACCGUGUGAUGGAUGACGGCGAACACAGCCUCGAAAACAAAAGGUUUGUGAUCACCAGGCCAUCUAAUGAGUUUCACCUGCUGCCCUCAGAUCUCGUGUUCUGUGCCAUCCCGUUUAGCACCACCUGUUACAAAACAGAAGCGAUUCCUUACAAACUGGAAAAUGUUCCUUCAGCCCAGACUCUCGAUGACAUUACAAAUGUCAUGGCCAUGGCCCCCGAGAGCCCGGAACAGCUCCCCAAAGUCAGCACAGUGGCAGAGAAGACGUCUCAGCACCUCAGCUCCCGAGUCUACCCUUCAUAACCGUUGGCUUCUAGUGGUCAAGAAAAGUUAAGAACGGAAGUAUGCUGUUGUUGUGCCCGUGGCUCAGUGGCUGACACGCUGGCAAGCCCACGCUGCUGUGGGAGGGACCUUCUUGUCCCACUGGAUCCGAUGUGAUGAAUAAAGAUGAACGUGAUAGAUGGUAUUAAA